AUGUCUCCCGCAAGAGAUUGUGGUUGUCGAAUCUUGAAGUUUCAGGGGAGAGAGAGAGAGAGAGAGCUUGGGUCUGAGUUGAGGCAUUCUGUAGAUGUUCCCAUCACAAGAACACUUGUGGCUCUUAGAAGGGUUCGGUCACUGAGAGAUCCAUGUACUAAUUCGAUGAGCAAGUUUGCUUCUUUGCUCGAAAAUGUCAAAUGGGAAACUGGUUCCAACAACGGGAUCUCACUGCAGUUUGUGAAUGAUGAUGCUUGUAAGGCUGAUGAUGCUCGUGUGGGUUUGAUUCCUUUUGGAUCGUACUCGAUAAUGGAGGAGCUAGAGAAUGGUUGUGGUCUUCACAAGCUGAGCAACAGGGUGCUUAAUGGGGAAGCAGACGCGUGCUCGAGGAGUAAAUCGCCGUCAAGCGAAAGAUCCUGUGGUGAUUCAACGGUUAAAGGUAGGGACUUGGCAUGUAACGCGCCUUCACUUAGUCUUGCUGAGGAUGCAGCUUCAGGGGGAAGAUAUAGAACCCAUUACUCCACUAAGUUAGCUAGCUCGGUUGGUGAAUAUGGCAGCCACGUAGGUAGUCCAGUGACCUCGACUAAUCAUAGUUAUGGGGAUGAAGACGUUGAUUUCGUGAACGAAUGUAACCGCGGUUGCGGAAUAACGUACUGCUGGUCAAGAACUCCGAGGUACAGAGGAUCAAACCAGUCCUCAGAUGUAGAAGAGUAUCCUUUACUCUCUGGAAAUGGUGAGAGCAAUGUGGUGACACCGAGUCACGAAACUGUGUCAAGGAGCCUGAGUCAGAAAUUCAGGCCGAGAUCUUUCGAUGAGAUAGUUGGACAAGAAGUUGUGGUGAAAUGUCUCUUGAGCACCAUCUUGAGAGGGAGGAUCACUUCUGUUUACCUUUUCCACGGUCCUCGUGGCACCGGUAAAACAUCGACGUCUAAGAUAUUUGCAGCUGCUUUGAACUGCCUUUCACAGGCUGCACAUAGUAGACCAUGUGGCCUGUGUAGUGAAUGCAGUUCAUACUUCUCGGGAAGAAGCAUGGACGUGAAGGAGAUCGAUUCGGGUAAACUAAACCGGCCUAGCUACCUCAGGUCUCUCAUCAAAAACGCAUCUCUUCCUCCGGUUUCGUCUCGAUUUAAAGUUUUCAUCGUUGACGAGUGUCAGUUACUAUGCCAAGAAACUUGGGGUACUCUCUUGAACAGUUUUGACAGUUUCUCUCAGCAUUCGGUUUUUAUACUGGUCACAUCGGAGCAAGAGAAGUUGCCGCGUAACGUGCUCUCGCGGUCUCAGAAAUAUCACUUCUCUAAAGUAUGCGACGUGGAUAUAUCGAAUAAGCUGGCAAAGAUAUGUAUGGAAGAAGGUAUUGAUUUUGAUCAGGCUGCAGUUGAUUUCAUUGCUUCUAAAUCUGAUGGUUCGCUUCGUGACGCUGAGAUAAUGCUUGAUCAGUUAAGCCUGCUCGGUAAAAGAAUAACGACGUCUUUGGCCUACAAGCUCAUUGGGGUUGUUUCUGAUGAUGAAUUGCUUGAUCUGCUUGAUCUUGCCUUGUCUUCUGAUACCUCAAAUACGGUUAUAAGAGCGAGGGAGCUCAUGAGAUCGAAAAUAGAUCCAAUGCAGCUUAUUUCCCAGCUAGCUAAUGUCAUUAUGGACACCAUUGCUGGAAAAUCUCAAGAAAGUAGUUCAGCAACCAGACUUCGGUUUCUCACAAGGCAUACCUCUGAAGAAGAAAUGAACAAACUGAGUAAUGCAUUGAAGAUACUAUCUGAUGCUGAGAAACACUUGAGAGCAUCGAAAAACCAGACAACCUGGCUCACUGUGGCACUUCUGCAACUUAGCAACACCGACUCAUCUUCUUUCGCAACAAAUGAAAAUGGAAUGUGUUUAAGAAGCCAAACAAGCAAAGACGGUGACCUCUCCAGCACAUCAUCAGAUCGUCCUGGUGAUGUCGUUAAAUCAGAAACCGAAGAGUGUCAAGAGAAGAACUGUAAAGAAACAGUUGAAACCGUGUGGAAAAUGGUAACAGAUUUGUGUUGUUCUGAAUCACUAAAGAGCUUUUUGUCCAGACGAGGGAAGUUGACUUCACUUAUUGUUGACAAAGGUGUGGCAAUAGCUGAAUUAGAAUUCUACACACCUCAACAUGUAACAAGAGCCGAGAAAUCAUGGAAAUUGAUUGCAGACUCGUUCCAGUCCGUGUUAGGAUGCAAUGUUGAGAUCCGCAUGAAUCUUGUGAUCUCUGCUUCUUCUCCACCAAAGAGUGCAAAAGCAGCCGCAAGUCUCUUCUUUGGAAUAUUCAGCUGUUCUCGUAGAAUGCUACACAAGUCGUAUCUGACUAGUAGAGCCGACUCUGAUUGCGCAGCUGAAAAGCUCGCAGUUACAAAUUCUCUGAGGAGUUGCCAAGGAAAUGUCCUGAGGAGUCGAAGUGUACGUUCUUCAGCCAAUGCGUCGUCGCGAAUGAGCAGUGCGAGUGAUCAAGGCGAUGCAAAUUCCGCUAUGUGUACUCCACACAUGCCUCCGGGUGACAAAGGGCUAGAAGAUGACGCUGACGUGUUGUGUUGGAAGAGGACUCCCCUAGGGAAGGGUAGAGGAGAGACACAGAACAACAAGAGCUCACGGAUUAUUGGCCGAGUCCUUCCCUGCACCACUGCAGCUAGAAAGAUGGCGUCAAAGGAAGGGUUUCUAACGGAUGAGCAGAGAGAGAUGAUGAAAGUUGCAACCGAGAAUCAUCAACCAUCACAAAAACCUCACUCGUCUUUACUGGCAGAGCAUCAUCUACCCAAAUCAAAUGCUGGUGGGAAAGCUUCUGGUGGGUCGAAUGCUGUGAAACAUAGAAAGUCUCAUGCGGGGAAGCCUGUCCGUGCAAAGAAGAAUGGGUGUGGUGGGAAAGGAACUUGGGGGAAUCUUAUUGACACUGAUGCAGACUAUCAAAUGGACCGGAAUGAUCCAAAUUAUGACAGCGGAGAGGAACCAUUCGAGCUUGUUGGUGCCACGGUUUCAGACCCAUUAGAUGAUUACAAGAAAGCUGUGGCUUCCAUCAUCGAGGAAUACUUCAGCACUGGUGAUGUCGAUGUGGCAGCAUCUGACCUUAGUGAACUUGGUUCGAGUGAAUACCAUCCUUACUUCAUCAAGCGGCUUGUUUCUGUAGCCAUGGACAGACAUGACAAAGAGAAGGAAAUGGCCUCAGUGUUGCUAUCCGCAUUGUAUGCUGAUGUCAUCAACCCGAACCAGAUCAGAGAUGGGUUUGUGCUGCUGCUCGAGUCAGCUGAUGACUUUGUGGUGGAUAUACCUGAUGCUGUCAAUGUUCUUGCCUUGUUCCUUGCACGUGCUGUUGUGGAUGACGUCCUUCCUCCAGCUUUUCUUCCCAGGGCAACCAAGGCACUUCCGAAUACUUCCAAAGGUUACCAGGUUGUCCAAACUGCAGAGAAAAGCUAUCUAUCAGCUGCACACCAUGCCGAGCUGGUUGAAAGAAGAUGGGGUGGGAUGACUCGAACCUCUGUUGAGGAAGUCAAGAAGAAGAUUGCUGACAUUUUGAAGGAGUAUAUGGAGACUGGAGACACUUAUGAGGCAUGUCGCUGCAUUAGGGAAUUGGGCGUGUCCUUCUUUCAUCACGAGGUUGUGAAGAGGGCUCUAGUUACUGGGUUGGAGAGUUCCACAGCAGAAUCACUUGUAUUGAAUCUGCUCAAGGAAGCAGCUUCAGAAAACCUGAUAAGCUCUAGUCAAAUGGUGAAGGGAUUUUCCAGGUUAAGGGAAAGCCUCGAUGAUCUUGCUCUUGACAUUCCUUCAGCUAAAACCAAAUUCGAUUUGAUUGUGCCAAAGGCUAUCUCAGGCGGCUGGCUUGAUGCUUCGUUUAGUUAUCCCUCUGGUGAAGGUGGACGACAGCAGAUCGAGGAUGAGAAACUCAAGCGGUUCAAGGAAGAGGUUGUGACCAUCAUUCAUGAGUAUUUCAAUUCCGAUGACAUACCUGAGCUCAUAUGCAGUCUUGAGGAUUUGGGAGCACCCGAGUACAACCCAAUAUUUCUAAAGAAGCUGGUAACACUUGCUCUGGACAGGAAGAAUCGGGAGAAAGAAAUGGCAUCUGUUCUCCUCUCUUCUCUUCACAUCGAGAUGUUCACCACAGAAGAUGUUGCAGAUGGUUUCGUCAUGCUCUUGGAAUCUGCAGAAGAUACAGCUCUUGACAUCCUCGAUGCUUCCAACGAACUUGCUCUGUUCUUAGCUCGAGCCGUGAUCGAUGAUGUUUUAGCACCUUUUAACCUCGAAGAGAUCUGUAGCAAGCUACGACCAAACUCAAGCGGGAUUGAAACCGUGAAGAUGGCUAGGUCACUGAUCUUUGCUCGACAUGCAGGAGAGAGGCUUCUACGAUGCUGGGGAGGUGGGACCGGAUGGGCAGUGGAAGACGCAAAGGACAAGAUACUGAGUCUCCUGGAGGAGUAUGAAAGCUCGGGGCUCGUAUCAGAAGCUUGCAAAUGCAUCCGUGAGCUAGGCAUGCCUUUCUUCAACCAUGAGGUGGUUAAAAAAGCACUGGUCAUGGCAAUGGAGAAGAAGAACGACAAGAUGGUAUUGGAUCUUCUGCAGGAGAGUUUUGGUGAAGGACUCAUAACCAUAAACCAGAUGACCAAAGGGUUCACUAGAGUCAAAGACGGGCUCGAAGAUCUUGCUUUAGACAUUCCAAACGCAAAGGAGAAGUUCAACGACUAUGUGGAGCACGCGAAGAAGAAUGGUUGGGUUUCGUCUUCAUUUGUAACUUCCCUAACUGAAGAUGCUUAGUCAUAUCGAGGAGAAGACCAAUGGUGUGGGAACUAAAAAAACAGUGUGAUGACCUCAUUAGAAUGUACAAGUUUGUUUCUCUCUUUGAGCAAUUUUACGCUUUGAGAAUUCUGCAAGGGAGAGCUAAUCUUUUCACGUUUGUUUACUUGAGGUACCUACUAGUUUAAAAAAACUUUUGUUCGUUUGCUCUGAGUUUAAUCACAACAUAACUUUGGGUUGUUUUGUUAACACAGCGGAAACAAUGGAUCGAGUUGUAUAUAUUAAUGCUUUAUUUAAUUAAUCACCAUAUAUGGCUAUCUCCUCAGAAAUAGAAGUCUCGAGGCUCUAAAUCUGAAAAUGAAGUUCGUAAUUCCAAAGUUACCCUUCACUCUUUCUCUCUUCAUCUCACUCUCUCUCCUCAUCGUCUUCUUCUUCGCUUUCCCUUCCACUUUCCUCCGGCCAUCUCUCUCCUCCUCCUCCUCCUCCGUCGUCGUCGCCGACGAAGGGAUCCGGAUCCGUCAUGGAUACGCCUCCUACGAGGCUUACAUCCAGCACCAGCUCAACAAAACUCAGAACCCGAAGCUCCGGAAGGUGUGGACGACGCGCGACUGGGACAGGAAGGUGCGCGUGUUCUCUACUUUCUUCCGGCGCCUCAGCGAUCGCGGUCUGCUCUCCAAUGGAUCCAAGGCGCUCUCGAUCGGCGCUCGAGUAGGGCAGGAGGUUGCGGCGCUGAGGCUGAUCGGCGUGGAGGACUCCGUCGGGAUAGAUCUGGUGCCGCGUCCGCCUCUCGUGGUGAAAGGUGACUUCCACGCGCAGCCGUUCGACGCGGACACUUUCGAUUUCGAAUUUUCCAACGUGUUCGAUCACGCGCUCUAUCCGGAGAAGUUCGUUGGGGAGAUCGAACGGACGCUCAAGCCAGGCGGGGUUUGCGUGAUACACGUGUCGCUUCAUGGGAAGACGGACAAGUACUCGGCCAACGAUAUAUACAGUGUGAAGCCAUUGGUGAAUCUGUUCAAGGGAUCUAAGGUCGUGGAGGUGAGGAAGAUCGAUGGGUUUGGGCUUGACACUGAGAUUGUUUUUAGGAAGAACAAGAACAAAAACAAAGAUUAAUAAAUGUAAUUGUUUCAUUUCAUACAUAGAUUCGUUGUUAAGUUAAAAUUGUUUCUCUUAUUUUUUUGGGUGGUGUAUGUAUUCUCAUUUACUGUUCGUUUACUACAAAAGUUUGACAUCUGGUCGCUACAUUAAUAAAUUAUAGAUUUUUUUUCUCACGAUUGAUAGUCAAACUGACGAUUGAGUAGAGACGAG